AUGUAUACCCGUCCGAUACCGAAAACAGUACAUCCCUCGCCUAGAGGGAGAUACGAAAAAAAAUCAAGACGAAAAACACGGGAAGAUCGAUACAUUCCGAAGGACAUAGCAAGAGAUAAAUAUUCCACAAGUAGCGCCAAAGGCCCCUCCGUCAAGAAACCUCAAAAAACAAAACAUUCGAAACGUAAGCAUGGAAAGAACCUUGAAGAGGAGUUCACUGCCGCAAAUGUGUCGCAGGAUCGCCUUACGGUACGAGCAUUAUAUUCUAACCCUAAAUACAAUAUUGACUGUUUCGAAUCGAAGCUCAGCCCCAGUUUUGAUGUCGGUUUGUUUGCCCGUGGACGUGCUUCUUCUCCAAUACGUCGAUUCGAAUUGCCCGACCUCACGUUUUCAGAAAUGAAAUUCUUAUCGCGCCCUGCUAAGCAGAAUGGUACUUUAGGCAGCACCCAGGUUAAUAAGCCUUCGACAUCAAACAAGCCUCCAAUCUUAGACAUAUCAGAGUAUUUUUCUCAGCCACAACCAGCAAACGAUACCAAAAAAUUACAUUCUUCCCUUUCUUUACUACCAACUGCAGACCCUUUGACAAGCCAAUGCCACUCUUCCUUUACAGGAAAUAUCAGGCCUACACAAACACAUGAAUUUAUCACAUCAGACCCACAACUGGGUUCAAAAAUAUGUGAUCCUCCUAAAUUGAAACAAAAAAGCAGAUCUUCAAGCUGUUUCUCCUGGUCUGACUCUGAACGAACUCCUGGGCCAGGACCCCAAACUGAAAGAUUAUCACAACUUAGUGAAGCAGGGCUGCAGAGAAACGCACCAGGUGACAUUGUGGAAGGUAUACCCCAUGUAACGGAUACAACAGGAAGUUCAUUGCCCAUGGAUGAGUUUCAAUAUGACCCCUUCCUACUGUCAAGGGUCUAUGAUAUGGUCUUCAAAAAUGCCUAUCUUGAUCAGACUCAACAGCAAUUUAUGCAAAGAUCUGAUUCAGAAUGUUUUUGUCUAGAGGAUUUACAGAAGCUAGCGAAUCCAUCCUUCACGUCAAUUGCGAUAUUAGAAACAGAAGAUAAGCCAAGCUCUCACAACCCUAUACAUACGGAAACUUCGAAUGAUAACCAAGCCAAUCCCUCCAGUAUAAACGAUCCCUCAAGCAACAUUAUUUCGAGAAAUAUUGGAACCAAUACAGAUAACCUGGUUGAAAUUCGCGAGGGGCUGAACCCCGAUCUUCCAGCUCCUAAUCCCAGCAAAACAAAUUAUGGUGCCACAUUAAACGACAACGGCAAUGUAACUAGUCGUCACGACACGAAUUCCCUAAAAAAAGAUGAAAUAACUCGCCCUACGGCUGACAUACCGAGUCCUAUGGGAUAUGAAGAUGAUCAGAAAUUUCUUCCCGAUAUCUCUCGUAGUUCUUGCCAAACUUACAGGGCUCAAGUUCCCGCGUCUUUCUCAGUACGAUUAAACUCUCCUAGGAUGGGCUUUUCGACCCUGGGCGUCAAACGACCUUUUUCACCAGAAUUUGAUGAGUAUGAUGGGCAUUUUGACACACCUUCAAAGAAUCCAGCUUUCGAUUUGCCUUGCAAUGACUUUAACGGGUCGAAUACUCUGGAUUCUAUAAUAUUCAAUGAGUUAAUAGAGGACGGCCACACAUCUGGACAAUCGAUUGGGUUUGGAUGUCCAGAGACCCCCUAUAUUAACAUGAUAAACAAUCAUCAACCCCAAUAUGCCAACGAAUUCGAUGGGAGUGCCCAAAUGAUGACUCUUGGAAACACCAAUACUCAAACUUUAUCGUUAGCUGCUGCUCAAGGUGAUGUUAUACAAAGAACUCUCAAUAUUCCCUCGUCCUUGGACCUGUCGUCAUUUUGGCGUCCGAAUAAGCUAUAUUAG